CAUUAAGUUAAUCCUAACAAAUAUAUAGAAGAUUAUAUUAGAAAAAGCAAUAAAAAACAAAAUUCUUUUUCUAAUGAUGAUAUGGAUCAACUGGUGGUAUAUGAUGCUUUCCGGCCAAUGAUAUAUCUAAUAUAUUUCGUCGUCAUCAUCAUCAUCAUCAUCGAUAAAAUAUAAUUAGAUUGUGCAAGUCAUACAAUACGAUUCCUUUUUAUUAUUAUUAUUAUUAGUUUAAUCUAUCAAUGAUUUUUAUUGUGGAAUAUUUGACAUGUGUUUAAAUGCCAAUGCCAAUGACUUUAAAAUCAGUUAGAUUGCUUACAAGAAAUAAAAACAAAAAACAUUACAUUACAUUACAUUGGUUUUAUCAUCCAUCAUUGUCGACCAAUAUAAUAAUAGAAUGUUUCGACAUGUGGUCAGGGUGUAACUGUUGUUGAACACAUGUGUAUGCAUGGUGUUGUUGAUAAUCAUCAUCAAUGUAUGUAUACGAAAAAAGAAAAACGUCGUUUAUGUGCGAGUUGCCCAAAGAUUUGUUUUGUUUUCGAAUUCUCAUCAAGCUUCAUACAGCUUUCUGUCAAAACAAUGCCAUAUAUAUAGUAUAGCGAUAUUUAUUGUCGCUGAAUCUAAUCGAUUUUAAUCUCAUUUAUUCGGCUGAGAUUUUGUUUCCGUUCAUUCUAUUCAUCGAUCCGGAUUUAAACACCGUUUUUUCAGUUUCUGUUUUUUUUUUCAUUACGAUUAUUGAUUUCAAAUUUGUAAUCAUGUCAGAAUCAAUGGAAAUGAAAGUGGCUCCAGUUGCCAAUCAACCAAAUGAUGAUACGAACAUCAACCAUUGUAAUGAAAUGAAAAAUCGUUCCAAAAAUUCAACAACAAAAUCAACGGAUGAUGUCAAUAAACCACAAACGUUAAUGGAUGAAAAAUAUCGAUCUUUGAUUUCGGAUAAUAUGCGAAUCGCCAUCAGUAGCGGUGAUGAUGAUAAAGAUUUGGAUCGUAUUGAUAUGUCGAUUAGAUUGUAUGAAACGAUUUUCUCCAUCAUGAUUCCAUAUAUUCUUGUGGGCUGUCCAUUCAAUUAUUGUUUUGAUCGUAAAAAACAAUCAUGCGUCAAUUCAAAAUUAAUGAAAAUUUAUACAUUUGUCAUUUCGAUCUUGGCGCACGCAAUGGUCUUGUUUUGGUUGAUUCGUCUUAUGUACAAUUUAUUCUCCCGUAAACAUUUGACUAGCGAAUUGAUUGAAGAUAUUUUCAUAUUUUCAUAUUUGUUGGCUGGCGUUGUUGGUCUUGAUUUAAUAUGGCUUAAUCGAAAACGAAUCGAGCGUGUUCUACAAUUACUCGAUCUAAAUCCAAUCAAUGAACGUUGUCAAACAUUGCUGGCACGAAGUUGUUUCCGUUUAAAAUGGAAUCGAUGGAAAUUCUAUUUAUUAACUUCCAUUUCAUAUGUAUUGGCCGCAUUGCUUCUUUUUUACUAUGGCUAUUUGAUAUACAGCGCCGUAGAGAUAAUAACCGAUGAAAAUAAAGAUCUUGAACUUAUAGCCUGGCUACGUACUAUGCGUUUUGUAACAGUUUAUGCAUUAUAUUUUUUUAUCGCUGAUGCUGUUCUAUUGAUUGCUUUAGUUUGGUCACUCAAAUAUCGUAUUAUUCAUCUGAAUUUAUUCAUUAAAAAUUUAAUCAAAGUCGAAGAUGUACCCGAAAUAGAUGACAUUGAAAUUAUCAAAUCAUGGUUUCAAAACAUUUUAAAAGUAACGCGAAAAAUCGAUGAUUCAUUCUCAUUCUAUAUACCAGUGUUUAUUGGAUUUCUAUUUUUUGGCAUCAUUUAUUUCGUUAGCCAAACAAUUAAUAUUGUCGAAUCGGGUGUCAAUGGUGAAAGUGUACAAUUUCUUUCGGCAGCAUGUUUAGCAUUCCUAAUGUCAUUGAUAUUGUUUUAUGGUCUAAAAGAAUUGAGCGACGUCCAUCAACUAUCGUCAAUGACCAAAUCGAUUCUAUACAGUUAUGUAUUGAAUACAAAACCCCAGGACAGAUCAACAAAAUUUUUUGAAGAGAUAAAUUUUGUUGCUAAUGGACUGCUAUCAAAUCAAGCAACAUUCACUUUACUUGGACAAAUUGAAUUGAACAGAAGAUUUCUGGCAAAACUUAUUCUAAUCAUUUAUUCUUAUACGAUUAUUUUCAAUCAAUUCGAGAGAAAAAUUCCAACAACAACGACGACGCUUCGAUAAAUCCAAAUUUAUAAUGUACGAAUGUUCAUACAUGAAACUCAUGCAAGAUGAAUUUAUUUGCUGCAUAUUUUUACCAAGAAUAUGAUCAUUUAUUAUUAUCCCCAUCAUCAUAAUCAUUACCAAAAGGUGUAUUGGAUUCAGCUAUUCUUUUUUCUUCCUCAUGUAGUCUCUUUACGCAUGAAAUUGUUUUUAUACGAUAUUCGAACAUUCAUUUCCACAUUUUCAUUCUUGAAUACUUGAUAACUUUUUUUUAAUGAUAAUUCUUUCCAAUUUGUUUUUUAUUAUC